AUGUCGAAACAUCAGAAUCGAGACCGGAAGAGUGCGAGCGUGGUCGUGAUGAACGCUUCGUGCGAGAAGGUCAGCCAGAUAGAUACGUCUGUCCACCUGCUUAUGAACAUAUUUUCAGCUGUUCUUCUGGGAGCCACGAACUUUGCCAUGCAAGCAUGGGCAGCCCCAACUCGUGCGGACGUUGAUCGAAUCCACCAAAGUGGUGGUACCGCUGACAUUGGUAUCAUCUCUAUGAGCAACAUGUUCCAUAUCCGUUCAAAACGACUCAUCAUGUGGACAAUCAUGUUGGUCACGGCGUUGCCUCUCCACCUGGUGUACAACUCGGCCAUAUCGUCGACCACUUCUAGGCCAGCAUAUAAUGUGGUGGUAGUCUCCCCAGAAUUUUUGACGCAUCCAUUCGAGGUCCCUCUAACUUCAGCUGUCCCCGAAGUUUCUGUGCACCAGCAAACUCAUGACAAUAUGACCCAUGGUCUGCUUUUUGACCUUAAAGAUACCAGCCAAUGGGAAGAACUUAGAGGUAAUCUCAUCACGUCGGCUAAGAGGGAUCUUAGAACGAAGGCAUCCUCUUACGGUGGCGUCGUGUUGGUCGCUGACCAAAAGUCCACGCGGGCCACUAGAAACAAGACGUCAGAGCCCGCGUCUGGAAUUCUCUAUCAACGCAUCGAAAAAGCAAGUCUUUUCUCGGAUUUAGGUGCAGAUUGGAUGAGAGAAAUCACUGUCAUGCGAAAGUCUUCAGAAGACCCUGGGGCUUAUAAGGACCCCCGUUGGGAAACAGAAGAAAGAGAAGACAUAUUCGACUCUACAGAAGACGUGUUUUCCCAGGAAUAUCUCAUGAAGGUCGAUAGGCAGGGCUUUUUCUGGGGUCAAUUAUGCUAUUUUGACAUGGAUCUGCCCACUCCAGAAGAUGCCCAUUGUUACGUCGAGGAUUAUCUGGCAAUAACAAAUCGAUCUAGCCCAUCGACACCGGUCUUUAGAGUUCGUGGCAAGAUGUUCGUGAGACGGAUCGAUCCCAAAUGCCGAUUACUUGCCGAACCAGUCUUUUGGUGGUUGACAACCAUUUGCAACCUCGUCAUUGCGGCCUGUCUUAGCUCCAUGGCCUGGUUCUACAGAUCAGCACCACUGGUCACCAUUGGAGAUGCGAUCGACUCGUUCAUAACCGAACCUCCGUCGCCAGACUCAAAGAUGAUUCCGAGAUCUAGCUGCAUUUACCACCACCCAUCGUUUACAAACAUCUUCCGACCAGCACUGCCGCCGCGGGCAUACAAGCCCAAAGUAAAGCCCUUGUGGAAAUCAGUUUCCUUGACACGCUGGUCUUUAACCAUGGCCUGGUUCAUUGGUUUGCUCCCACAAUGCCUCCUCUCCUUCGUCUUUGCUCUGCUCACCGAUGACAUUGACACCCCAGCUCAAUGGCUCGCUUCUCUUUCAAUAUUCGACCCAAACAACUCCCUGGACUCCAACCACAUCCUCUACCACAGCAACGGCAGCGACGUGGACAUUUUACCCCGCCGCUGGCGUCUUGUCUUGCUCGCCAACACGCCUCAAAUCUUUCUCUCACUGACUUAUCUCUUCUUCAACAACAUCUUGACCAAGAUGGUCGCCGAACGGGAGUGGCACUCCUUCCAUAUCGGGACCCAGACGGACGGUACCAGCAGUACAAGCGCAAAGGAGAAGAAGACAUGCCAGAUUAUAUGGUGGAAAAGAAAAGAAAAACCAAGCCCCAAACCAACAAUACCUCUAACAACAAAGGCGCUACGCACCUCCCAACCCCGCGGCUCCCAACGCUCCACCUUCUUCCUCAGCCUCCCCUACCGCUACGCCCUCCCCUUCGUCGCCGUUUCCAGUGUUAUGCACUGGCUGGUGAGUCAAUGCCUGUACUUCACCGAAGUGGACUUUAUCGAUCUGGACGGAACCACGUUGAACAAGUCAAAUCCAACAACCUUCACGCUCGGGUACUCCGUCUGUGCCAUGUUCUGGGUGAUUGUGCUGGGAACGCUUUCGUGGAUGACUAUUCUGGGGUUGGCGGUUUUUGGUAAGUAUCCGGCGGGUAUGCCGAUUAUGGGGGGUGCUCGGCGGUUAUUGCUGCUGCUUGUCAUGCUCCGCUGA